AUGCCACACGUAAGGCCGAUCGCCAAGAGCGGAGAGUUAUUCCGGGACAUGGGGAAUGAGCCCAGGAACAUUGGCGACCAAGUCACAGUACACUCCGCCUCCGCACAACACCUCUGGGCACCCAAGUAUACAAGAAACUACCACGCUGCCUAUGUAUACAAGGCCGAACAAGACCGCGCAUAA